AUGAUGACCAAAACGAAGACCCAGGGUCUGGUAUCAGACUUGAUGCCCAACAUCAAGCUGAUGCAAAUGGCCGGCCACUUCUUAUUCAAUUAUCAUUCGGGUAAGUUACUCCUUCGAAAGAUCUACGCCAGCGUCCAUGCAAUCUUGCUCGUUGUGCAUUACCUGUGUAUGGGGGCUAAUAUGGCCCAAUACUCUGACGAGGUCAACGAACUCACAGCCAAUACAAUUACCAUACUGUUUUUCGCUCAUUCGAUUAUCAAGUUGGCCUUCUUCGCGAUCACUUCGAAAAAUUUCUACAGGACUUUAGCCGUCUGGAACCAAUCGAAUAGCCACCCGCUAUUUACGGAGUCGGAUGCUCGUUACCACCAGCUCGCACUCACCAAAAUGAGGAGGCUCCUGUAUUUUAUCUGCGCAAUGACCGUUUUAUCUGUUGUAUGUUGGGUAACAAUAACUUUCUUUGGAGAGUCAGUUCGUUUGAUUCUGGAUAAAGAGACCAAUGAGACACUAACUGAACCAGCUCCUCGGCUGCCAGUGAAAGCAUGGUAUCCAUUCGACGCUAUGAGCGGUACAAUGUACAUUGCUGCUUUUGUAUUCCAGGUAUACUGGCUAUUUUUCUCCAUGAUAAUAGCGAACCUCAUGGAUGUGAUGUUCUGCUCCUGGUUAAUAUUUGCUUGUGAACAGCUCCAACACCUGAAGGCAAUAAUGAAGCCGCUAAUGGAACUUAGUGCAUCGCUGGAUACCUACAGACCUAACACUGCCGAGCUUUUUAGACGAAUUUCGCAAUACAAUAACCAAAGUGAAAUGUAUCAUAAAUCAGAAAAAGAGCCACUCGACCUGGACAUUCGUGGAAUCUAUUCAACUCAAACCGAUUUCGGCAUGACGCUCCGGGGCGCGGGAGGCAGGCUGCAAACUUUUGGCCAACACGCUCCAAACAACCCAAAUGGUUUGACGCAAAAGCAGGAGAUGCUGGCGCGAUCAGCUAUAAAGUAUUGGGUGGAACGACAUAAGCAUGUUGUGAGGCUCGUCUCUUCUAUCGGAGAUACCUAUGGUACUGCCCUGCUCUUUCACAUGCUUGUAUCUACCAUUACACUUACUUUAUUAGCUUACCAGGCUACCAAGAUAAAUGGAUUAAAUGUUUACGCAUUUAGUACUGUUGGUUACCUCAGCUACACUCUGGGACAAGUUUUUCAUUUCUGUAUUUUUGGCAACAGACUUAUUGAAGAGAGUUCAUCAGUUAUGGAAGCGGCUUACUCCUGCCAGUGGUAUGACGGGUCUGAAGAAGCCAAGACAUUUGUCCAGAUCGUGUGUCAGCAAUGCCAGAAAGCUAUGAGCAUUUCGGGCGCUAAGUUCUUUACGGUUUCACUCGAUUUGUUCGCAUCUGUACUUGGUGCCGUCGUGACGUAUUUCAUGGUUUUAGUACAAUUAAAGUAA